UUUUCAACCCUGCCGUUACCAUGGUGAUUAAUCAAUAAGCACCGACAUCUUUAAAAAAAAGUCACUUGUUGCAUCAAGAGAAAGUUUUACAAUAAUUAAAGCGAUUAUUAAACAAUUUUUGCAUUAAAUGAAGUUAAAAGAUCCCCAUUUUAAAGUGGAGACUAUUUAACUGGAAAUUUAAAAAAUUAAAUGGAGUGAUUAAAUCUGCGUUUUAACAACAUUAUUCAAUGCCGCCACCUAUCGGAGGAUUUUAAGUAAGAAGACGCUGACGUCGUCGCAUUCUUGUGUGUAAUUUAAUCAUAAGCAGCAUGUGGAAGGAUUAAAAUUGCAUUAACGAAGCAAUAUUUAAGUGACAACAUAACCUCAAAAAAAAAAUGGAUCGACUUAAAGAAGCGAUUUUAUCAAACACGGAAACGCUGCAACAGGAAAUACAUGAGAUAAAUACGCGGUUAAACAAUAUUAUUCACCAAAAUAAAAAGGUGUCGAAACAAAUCAAAUCGUUAAAUUACCACGAUUUCAUCUCGAACAAAGAUUAUUGCUUAAAAAUAUGCACCCAACAAAGCAAUAUAAUCAACGAUCUUCACGUCACUAACAUUCAAUUGGAACAAUAUCAAUUAGGAAAUAAAUCUCUUAAAUUAAGCCCAUCGAAAAUCGUAACAUCAUCAAAAAAGGAAAUUAAACAAAGUGUUUUGAUUAAUUAUAAUGAAUCGACUUCCGAUUCUAACGAACCAAGUCCCAGUGAAGAAAUUAGCUCAACUGAUUCGAAAAUUGAAUUAACCCCAAAUGAAUCUGUUAUAAAUAAAUUAAAACAAUACGGUUUGUUGAAGCAACAAAAAAUUGACGAAGUUAUUAAAGCAAAUAAACCGGAUUUAACAUUUAAAAAAUGUGGAAAUUCUAAAACAAUCAAAAAAAGCGUUUCUAAAAUGAUCAAAGAAGAUUCUAAAACGACCGAGAUUGAGUAUUUCGAGGGGAAUUUAAAACCGGCGUUAGCCCCCUCUAAAAUGAUGAGUUGUUUAAUCUCACACAUCGUAUCACCUUCUGAGUUCUACAUAAAUUAUUUUGGCGAAGACAUCGAAGCGAUUGAAAGGAUCUCAUCGGAUUAUUCCUCAAACCACGAUAGCCCCGAAUUCUAUUUUUUAACCAAAUCUGAGGCGAAAUCGAAUUUAAAAACGUAUUGUUUGUGUUAUAUUGAUUCUUGGCAGUUUUGGUUCAGGGCCAAAAUCAUCAAUUGGUUGGAUGAUGAUUCUGAUUCUGAUGAUGUUGAAGUGUUUUUAGUCGAUUAUGGAAAUACUGUGAGGGUGACGUUCAAAAAUUUGCGACCUUUAUUAAAGAAAUAUGGAGAUAUUCCUGAAUAUGCGAUAAAAUGCCAUUUGGCUCAUUUGUAUCCUGUGGGGUCCACACCGCAAAAUCAAUUAAUUAAUUGGCCCCAAGACGCAAUCACGGGGUUAAAAAACAUUUUGGGACCUGAAAAUCAAUUCUUUUUUAAAGUCGUCUACGUUGACAGAUUUAAAAAUUCUUGGGGAAUUGAUUUAGCAAAAACGUUAUUAAAAGAUGACACGGAUAAAGAAGUGGGCCAACAACUCAUCGAUAACAAUUUAUGCGUUGAAAUCUUGGAAUUACCCAAUUCAAACUCAACAACGGAAGGAUUCAUUCAAUCCCAAGUUGAAACCGCCCAAGGAUUCGAGGGGAUUUCCUCAGAAAUGACCGAUAACGAGAAAUUAGAAACGUUUUGUAAAAAUUUGGACGUUAACGAGCCAAAAAAUUUAGACGAAGCUCUCGUCGGGUACAAAGCGAGCGAUCAAGCACGAACUUGCCAAGUUUAUUUGAGACACGGCUCUUGUUACAAACUCCCAAAUUGUAGAUUUGAUCACGAACCUUUACGAAGAGAUGGAUACACAACUGAUAAAGUUGAAGUUCACAUUGGAACCACCCUCAAUAUGGAAUUACCAGAAGAAGGGGUCACUUUCCCUGUUCGAAUAACAUCAAUAAUCAGUUUAACAAGAUGGUAUGGAAAUCUUUCCACGAAAAUGACGACGUUUAAUCAACUUUCAGAACAAUUAAACAACCCCAUUUUAAUCCAAAAGUAUAAAAAGUUUAAUUUAGAACCUGGAUUAGCAGAAUUGGUGGUGGUAAAAAUUGAAACAUCAACAGAACCUAACCUUUCGAAAUGGUGUCGAGGAAAAAUCCUCGAUGUAACUCAACACGAAUCUUCCCCCGAAGAUAUUAUUACGGUUUUUUUGGUGGAUAUCGGCGAAACGAUUCAAACGAACAAGUCUAAUUUGCGAUUAAUUACGAAAGACUUGCUUUAUCUUCCGUUCCAAGCCGUUUCGUUAACUAUCCAUGGGAUUAAACCGAAAGAGGGUGUUUGCGACAAAGAAAUAAUCGAGUAUUGCGAAAAAAACUUCGUGGGGAGAAAUUUAACCGCUACUGUGUUGCAUAAAUCGUCGGAUAACUUGGUGGUUAGCAUAGGAUUAAAUUCGAGGCGACAUCGCGAUGUUGAUGUGGCUGAAUUAAUCAUUAAUGAUGGGUAUGGAGUCCAUUCUGAUGAUUGUAUCCAAUUGAAGAAGGAUUUUUCGUUGAAGUAUGAAUUAUCUUUGGAUUAAGAGUCUCAAAAUAUGUAUUAAUUUUUUCAAUAAAGAUUUAUUUUUAUUUUUAAAA